CUCUCGCCCUUCCCCGACCAGAGCCGAGCGCGCCGCGCGCGCGCGCGGGUGCUCCGCUCGGCCCUGCUCGGGAGGCCCUAGCCCGGUCUUCGUCGACGCCGCGCGCGUCGCGGCGGCCGAGCUCUCGCGCGUCUCCCUCUCUCGCUCUUCUCCUACCUACCAGAGCGCGUCGUCGGUGAUUUCCUGCUGCCGUUGCUGACCGAUUCCGUUUCGCCGUCUCUUGCUGAUGAACCUGCAGGGCACGCGAUGGCCGCCGAAGGGGACGAAGAGGGGGCCGCGGCGCCCAAGGUGGUCGGGCUGGCGCUCAGCGGCUCCAAAUCCGGCGCGCACGUCCUCCGCUGGGCGCUCGGCAACUUCGCCAAUGCCGACGCCCCUCCCGCCUCCUUCAAGCUCAUCCACGUCCUCACCCCGGUCCUCGCCGUGCCCACGCCACUGGGGCACCUCCUCCCGAUCGACGAAGUCAGCACCAGCGUCGCCGAAGGCGAGCUCGAGAAAAUGUGGAUCGAGAAGCAGGAAAUGCUGCAGCGCUGCAAAGACACAUGUGACCAAAACAAGGUUGAAGCUCAAGUACUGCUUGUUGAGGGUAAGGAUGUCGCGGAUACCAUUUCCAGUCUUGUUUCUCAGUACCAGAUACAGAGCCUCGUUGUCGGUGACCCUUCCAGCAAGAGCCCAUUCAGGAGGUCCAGUGCAAGUAGGACGGCCUGCAAAAUUUGCAAGAGUCUCCCCAGCUUUUGCACAGCAUAUGUUGUUUCAAAGGAUGGGUUGUCUUCAGUUCAUGCUCCUGUUCCAGAAAGUGGCUCGCCCUCUAGCUCUCCAGCACCAACAGGCAACUCUGGGAGCUCCAGCACCAAAGAAGUUACAGAUGGGACGUCCUCAAGAUCAGAUUUGGAUGGCAGUUCAGCGCCGGGCCUGCCUAGUUUUACUCUGAACGAUUAUCUCACUGGAAAUGCACCAGUAUAUGCCAACAAGGACAGAAGAAUUGCCUCACGCACUGGUGCUGAAAGCUCUAUAUUAAGUCAAUUGCGGGGUUCGGACAAGGUGCCAACAAGUUCACUGCAUGAAUUAAUGCUUUCAGACAACAAGGAUGAUGCCAGUACAGAGCUUGAAAAGCUGAACCUUGAACCAAGUCAUAAUAGGCUGCUGGCAACGGCAUCCAAGGACGCUGAUAGGAAGUCGAGGCUGGAGAAGCCCCUUGUACUUCCAAGCGACUCGUACUCAAUGUUCACUUGGGAAGAGAUUGAUAAUGCUACAGCGUCAUUCUCACUCAAGAUCGGAACUGGGUCUAAUGGAACGGUAUACAAGGGCCAUCUCAAUCACUUGGAUGUAGCGAUAAAGGUCCUUCAUUCUGAUGACAAAUCCAGUACCAAGCAUUUCAACCAAGAGCUUGAGGUUCUGAGCAAGAUGCGCCACCCACACUUGCUGAUGCUCCUGGGAGCCUGUCCGGACAGGGGCUGCCUGGUGUACGAGUACAUGGAGAACGGCAGCCUUGCGGAUCGUCUGCAGCGCAGAAAGGGCACACCACCGAUCCCAUGGUUUGAUCGCUUCCGCAUUGCCUGGGAAAUUGGGUCAGCCCUGGUGUUCCUGCACAGCACGAAGCCCAGCCCAAUCAUCCACCGUGACCUGAAGCCUGAGAACGUCCUCCUCGACCGCAACCUAGUGAGCAAGAUUGGCGACGUGGGCCUGUCGACCCUGAUGCCACCCAAGGAGACUCUGUCAAACCGCACGGUGUACAAGAAGACGGGCCUGGCGGGCACACUGUUCUACCUGGACCCGGAGUACCAGAGGACCGGGCAGGUGUCAGUGAAGUCCGACACGUAUGCGCUUGGCAUGGUGAUCCUUGAGCUGCUGACGGCAAGGUGCCCGAUCGGACUGCCUGAGGUGGUGGAGCGAGCAGUGGAAGACGGCCAGAUUACCGAUGUCUUGGAUGAGAGCGCGGGGGACUGGCCCGUGAGGGAAGCGCAUGACCUCGCUCAGCUAGGCCUGAAUUGUUUGGAGAUGCGGAGCAAGGACCGGCCUGACCUCAACAGCGUGGUGCUGGAGGAGCUGGGGCGGCUGAAGCGCAUCGCGGCCAGCGUGUCGGGGGUGGCGCUGCCAGGGUCACCCAGUCACUUCAAGUGCCCAAUACUCAAGACGGUGAUGUAUGACCCGUGCAUCGCGUCGGACGGGUACACGUACGAGCGCAGCGCGAUGGAGAUGUGGCUGUGCGACCAGGACGUGUCGCCGGUGACCAAGGCGCGGCUGCGUGACAAGACGCUGUUGCCUAACCUGUCUGUCAAGAGCGCCAUCAUGAGGUGGGUGGCCGAGGGGGGGAGGCCCGUGAAGGAGUAAGGCCACACUAAUGGUAAAUACCACGAAGCUAGUCUAACAGAAGAGAGCGCUGCACAUAUCAUGGGGGCUUGGUUGGGUUAGGAGACAAGGCUGAUGGUAUUGGUAUUGGUACCGAGAGUAGAGUGCACAUAUCAUGGGGACUUGGUGUCAGCUGCUUCUGCAUAACGUCAAGGAGCGAUUUUGCAACGAUACUAUCAUACUACUAGAGUAGGCAAGUCGUGGAGAUGUCCAGGAGAAGAGAGGAAACCCUGAGUUGAGUUGAGUUGGUCUUACAAAUAGAGAAUACGGAAAAUUUUGGUUGGAUUGGAUUGGAUUGGAUGGAUGCCGAGGUUAUGUAUGGCAUUGGAACCUUCUUGGAUGAUAUAUGGCUUUGUCCUUUGCUGUUGUUGGCCUUGUGCUGUGAAGCCAGAUUGGGAUGAGACGAAUGGAAUGUGGAUAUCUUUUUGGGCACGGGAUUAAAAUACAUAGUUGCUGAUUUUCAGCUGACUGGAAACAACCGGCUUUCAGUCAGAUUUCUUGUCCGUCCGAUCAUUGCGUGAUGAUUCGUGCUCGCUUGGGUUGUUCGUUUUCUGUUUCACGGGUUUGCGCCUGGACGGUUUUGUCUUCACAUUAUAACCCAUGGUUGUCAUGCUUUGUGGCUUGGUGUCCUUGAGCUGCUUUGGCUUGUGUUUUGCUGCCCCCGAUUGGAUAGUUUGCUAGGUUUGGGGGCUGGCCUAGGGUAUUUAGGCAUUUUGUUUUUGCUCCUCUAUGUGCAAUUUGGCGUGGUUGUUGCUCUGCAAGUAGUUCAGAGAUAGCUAGGUUGUUUUGUGUCUGUAGCUCUGCAAUUCAGGGAUUAAUACCAAUCCCUGAAUGACAUUCUGUGCCAGAGAGUAGUGCAGAAAGGCUGCACGCCAUGCACAUAAGUGUUUCGAAACCAGACUUUGGCAAAACCCCCCAGAGCAGGUUAUUCGAUGUCUUGGUGGAAGCAACUCCGAGUCUGAGAGAUAGCAGUUUCUAAUCAGUGGGUGUUUGGUGCGCAGCAUCUUUAAUUCCUCUCUCUUUU